UAAAAUGAUAUAUAAUAAGUGUGGGAUGCCAGGUUUUGUUUUGAUCACAACUUGUACAUUUGGCUGCGGUCUUAAGGGUUUAAAAAAAAAAAAAAUUUUCAUUACUUUUCUUGGUCCAGUUUCUUGAUAAAAUGUUUCUCCUCUCUCCCCUCCUCUCAUAACUGUAGUGUUUAUAAUGCUAGAAAUAACCCUGGCACUGUUCUCCAGGAAUGGGGCAAAUCGUUAGGCUCAGGUAAAGUACGUUUAAAUCAUCUGGUUUCUGGAGAGCUGCAGAAAACGUGUGCCGAGCCUGCCAAUCAUUCAUUGGCCGAGAGUUUCAAAUGAUUGCUGUGAGCCAGUAAAUACAACUUUUUGCAAGAAAUCUGCAUGGGUUUCGUAUUAGUUAGCUUGGAAACUUAGUGGCGACAUUCACCAAGUCACUGCCGGAGGUAUAACAAGUGUUGAACUCUGUGCCGAGUCUCAUACUGAAGUAAUGCACAUAAACUAAAAGCACCAUGACCACUUCAAAUCACUGACACAGUCAUGGUGCUUGCAGUAACACUUUUAAUUUUUCCAAAAUGGCAUUCCUGGAUGCCACCAAUAUUUAGUCUUUUUUUAAUUCAAAUCUACUGUUGGGAAAGCCUUGCUAACCUUAACAUUGAUGUCUGAGAACUAAACUUCCCUUGAUAAUGAGCAAGCCUGACCAGCACAUGAAGUAUAGCUUACAAAUAUCUGGUUGUCAGUUAGCCAUCACUAGUAAAUUGUUAUCGUGUUGAUUAUUCGGUUUCCUUAGUGCAGUUGUUCUAGUAGAUAUUUUAUUGAUAGGUAAUUAUUGCAAUCAUGCUUUUUUCAUUUGGUGUUUUGACCGUAUAAGCAUGUACUUACAUAUAUUUUGUUUCUUCUACUCAGAUGAAUGUAUUUCACCCCACUGUUUAAGGAACACUCCACCAGAAUAGGCCAUUCUGUUGGUUAUGGUGGAAGUACUGCCCUGGCACUUUCCCAAGACAUUAUGUCAAACCAUGCUAAAACAGUUUGACAAUUUAACUGGAUCCCAUCUUGUGUCCACAUCAUCUGGUCUUUUUAAAUUGUCAAAGUGUGAUGAAAAGGUUUGAAAUGGUUCAAGGGCAAUUCUGGCACUAGGCUGUAGUGCUUGGAGUAUUUCUUUAAGCGUUGUUUUGGAGAUAAUCUCCCUUUUAAUUUGAGUGACUGACUAGCCAUGUGGAACAUUAUAUAAAUAUCUAGUCCACUUUGUGCACCCAGGUUGAUUCUUGCCUGUAGCAGAAGAACAAAGCUUGAGAAAAAUAUAUAAUUUUUUUAAUUUUUUUUUUUUUUAGGGGUUCGGGAGACCCUGGGAAAAAGAAACAACACAUAUGUCACAUUGCCGGCUGUGGAAAAGUGUACGGGAAAACAUCACACUUGCGAGCUCACUUACGCUGGCACACAGGAGAGCGCCCUUUUGUGUGCACCUGGGUGUUCUGCGGGAAAAGAUUCACUCGAAGUGAUGAGUUGCAGAGACAUAAACGCACACACACCGGUGAGUAAAUAUUUUCAAUAAGCGUAUUCGGUAUUUUUAUCAAUUGCAUAUUGUAUUGGUUCCAACACUGUAGUCUUUCAAAGUACAGGUUUUGUGCCUGAGUAAUUUGAGAAAGCAUAAGUGGUAGUUUGUGCCUGUUUGAAAGUUUCCAGAAUAUCUAUAACCCAAUGUUUUAUUGGCCAUUACAUGUUCUCAUUUUAAAGGAGCAUUGUAGUCCCCUGGACAAUGUCAUCUCAAUUAAAUGGUCUGGGUGCAUUGGUCCUGUCUUUUCAACAAUGCAAUGUGAAUUUUUAUUUUUUUAAAUUGGCUGCUUAUAGAACAUUGCAGGGUUAAAUCCACCUUUUAGUAGCUGUCUUCUUGAGCAUAUUUCAGUUUUGGUCAUACUUGGUCAGAUAGCGCCAUCGUUACAUCUUGUAGGGCCUAUGGAGCUCUUAGGCUGCUCUUUUUAACGUAUUUUUGAUGGUUUUUAUUUUAUUUUAUUUUUUUAUAUAUGCAUUUGAUUCUUGUGCAUUGAUUUUCAUCUUUCUACUUUUAUUUCUUUUCUUAUUUUCUUCUAAUAGGCGAGAAGAAAUUUAUGUGCCCCGAGUGCCCGAAACGCUUCAUGAGAAGUGACCAUUUGUCUAAGCAUAUAAAGACACACCAGAAUAAGAAAGGCCAAUCUGGUCCUGUUGCCAUGACAACUGUACAUAUGGACACCGGAGCGGGUUCUGAUGGCAGCACUGCCUCCACACCAACCCCCCAGGCUCUCAUUACCACCAACAUGGUCGCCAUGGAAGCAAUCUCCCCAGAAGGCAUUGCACGACUGGCAAGCAGUGGCAUAAAUGUCAUGCAAGUUGCAGACCUCCAGUCAAUCAAUAUUAGUGGCAAUGGUUACUAAGCGCCAAUGUACAGGCAGGACAGUAAAUAAUGAUGGGAAAUAUGUUUGGGUCUGGAAAUAGGGGUAAUCUUGUAAAAUUAUGAUUGUGGGUCCAAACAAGAUACAUGGAAAGUAUAGAAUCUGCUCUCACUACUAGUUGGAUGUUUGCCAAUUUGCCUUAUCAACCUUGUUGAGAAUUUUCUUCCACUCUGUUGCAAUGGUUUCCCUAACCUCAUCAUUGAGCAUCAAUUGGGGAAUUUCUAGGUUUCCAUUUUGAAGCCAAGUAACUUGGGGGCAGAAUGGACUGCAUAAGAUAGCCCACUUAGCACCAUGAUGGUUAAAGUUGUCAUCUUGGUAGUGAAUUGCAAUAGCUAAAAUAUACCAACAUGGUUAAACAUCUUGAAUGUUUGAGGUCAUUGUCAGAACUUAUCCUUUUUUUAUAUAUACACAUAUAUAAAUCUAUUUUUUCUUUAUUUUUCAGAAGAAAAUACAAUUACACCCUUUGCCAUCAUGCCUUGAUAAAAUCAUUUGUCAAUGCAAUACAUUUUUGACCAAGCAAUGCUAUAUAUGAAAUAUUCAAAAGCAUUCAAUAAAAGAUGCCAAAAAUAUAAGAAGUGCUUAGACCAAAGGUUGCUUUGGUCAAUCUAUAGCCUUACCCUUUUUUUUUUUUUUCCUCCCGUUUAUUCUUUGUUUUAUUUCUUGCAGUUUCAGUCUCCUAAUAAAUUUAGAUAAAAUAUUAGUAACAUGAUUUUAUAUGCACCACACAACCUAUAAUUGUUGCUUUAUUUUAUGUUGUAUGUGAGUUUUAAAGAUCUUCCCUUCUGCGUGGCAAUAUUGUCAGCAUUGCAUGGUUUUAACACAAGUUGAGAUGAUAAAGUUGGACAAUUAACUAUGCUGUUGUAUACUGCCAGCACUUAAAAUAAAUUGUUUCUUUUUAGAUUGCCAUAUUGCAUUGGCAUGGUUAAGUAGAUGUUGAUGAAAUUGAUCUUUAAUGGGUUUCACUGGUAUUAUUCAGUUGAGGUGUCUAUCUUGAUGGUUUAUUGUUAGACUUGGAAAAAGUUCUACUGACUAGAGAAAGAUUCACAUUUCAAACAAAUGAAGAUGAUCCAGUGUUCGAUUACAAAUGCAAUUCAUGUGUUCAGCACAAGCCUUCUCAAAACCACAGACAGAAGGAAAUACUCCUUUUGCAUAAAGUUUAAAUAGCAGGGUAAACAGUUGUCAUUUGUUGCUCAGGUCCUAUAUACUUUAAAUAAUAGGUUAUUAGACCUUUUCAUCAGCCAAACACACAUUACACCCCUUGAGAAGAAUUUACUUAAUGUACAAUAGUAAUUGUUUGGUUUCCAUAUACACAUUCAGAAAGUGUGAGGAUUUUGUUCUAAGGGAGGCUUUUUUACAUGCUUUCUCAUUGGUAAUAGCAAUGUUAAUGUUAUUAAAUGUAUUUUCAUUGAAUAUCUUCCUUUUCUUUCUUUUUUUUUUUUAAACUUCCGAUUGAACGUUUGCUUCCUGCACUGUUUAGUCAUCUUGGCAUGGAUAAUGAUAAGAAGGUCUAGACUUGCAUGUUUCUUUUGGGUGUAACUCUUUCCCCUGUUCUCCUCCCUUUUUCCACACUUUUUUGCUGUGAAAAAGGCCACUUUUAUACAAAUUGCUCUUGUAAAUAUGCAUAUAUAUAUAUAUAGCUUUUUAUUUUCAAAUUUGCCUUUGGUGGGAUAUUUUUCCCUCCAUACAUAUUUUUAUAUAUUCAUGCAUAACCUACUCAUAAGAAAAGAUAUGAAUUGUAUUUUUAUACAGUUUUGCUACCCGUGGGGAUUUUUGCAUUCUGUAUUCUUGUAAUUGAGGUUCAUAUUAUAAUUAGGAAAUGCUGAAUAGAAUGUUGAUUGCAGGUGUCUAAUCAAUGUCUGUUUAUUUUGCUUUAUCAAUUAAUGUGCCGUUUAACCAGAUCAUACUGUUAGUUACUGUUCAGUGCUUUUUCUAUUGUUCAUUAUUCCAAGUCAUGUGGGUGAAGAGAUGUUUUUCAAGCCAUAGAAGAGUCAAAUCGUGUUUGUUGCAAAAUUAUCCUGCAGUUUUAUUCCUUUGAAUUCAUCUGUGCCUUCAUUUUAAGAAAUCCUAAACUAUAAUGAAUUGGUUUGCUGUUAUUUGAAAUGCAUAAGUAUCCCAGAACAGUUUAUCAGGUCAGAGAUUUAUUUUUUGUUGCUUUAAUUUACUAAAUAUAUUAAAACCACAAAAUAAAUGUUUAAAUGAAAUGUUUAAAAAGCCGUUUAAAAAAACAAAACAAAAAAACAUAUACUGGUAUGUCAGACAUCUGCUCUGAAACGAAAUUUAAAUCUGUUUGCAUCAGUGUUAACAUAUGGAAUGAAAAUGCCCAUUUCUGUCAACUCCUUUCUGCACCGCUAUUUGGAGCAGACAUGAAGUAUGUAAGCACAUAAAUAACAGGUUGCCUUUUUAUUGAACUUAUAAUUUUCUAUGUAAAAAUCAAUAAAUGUAAAUAAAACACUGCACCUCAUUUCUAUGACAGACUCCACAAUGUUUGUGUAAUGCAGUCCACACGUUGGCAUAUUUAACUGAGAAGUGUCUCUUAAUCACACUGCGUUUAUAUUUCUUUGCGUUACCUGUCUGUCUUGAAUGGAAUUGUUUACCAGGGUACUUGAUCACUUCUGCUUGACUGUUGCAUUAUCCUAGUUAGCGAAUGGAUUGGUUGGAAAUAACAAUGUGUCACACUUGUAUUCCCGUCUGCAUGCAAGGAACUCCCAAUCAGGCUUCAUUAAACUAGGUUUAAAUUAGCCUAACAUAAGCACUAGUUUAUGUUUUAGACAUCCUUCAACACUCCAGAUGUGUACUACAUCUCCCCGAUGCUUUGCAUCAUAACGGUUGUAAGAGCAUUAUAGGAGAUAUAGUCCACAACAUCUGGAGCGCUGAAGAUUACCUGGCCUAGGUCAACAAGAACUUCAAUGAUUGACAUCCUAGUAAAAAUCCAAUGCGUCAUCAGGUUGACAGUCUCCCUAAUCCUGUUGACCUAUAAAAUUAAGCUUUGUAACAAAAAGGAUUUGUUUGUUGGAAUAAUUUCCCUGUUGAUUCUAUUUGAAUAAUAAAUUGCACGUUAAUUUGAUCUUGAAAACCAUGUUUGUCUCAGUGGAAGUACAGACUUCUUGCUCUAGAGCGGAGGAAGGUAACCUUUGCACUCCAGAUGUUGUGGACUACAGCUCUCCUAAUGCUUUGCCAGCAUUAUGGGAGAUGUAAUCCACAUCUGGAGUUCCGAAGGUUGCCUACACCUGCAACCGGAGGGAGUACCGUUAAACUUGCUUGUCCCUAGGGACUUUUCCUCCAGUAUGGAGUUAUUUAAACAGAAUUAGCUACUCUCAUACUUGAUUGGGGGGGGAGAGAAACCUCUAUCCAUUACUGUUGAUAAAUUAGGAUGCCAUGACACUACAAAUUACAGCUUUUCACCACCAACAGACUUUUUAAAUGCAGUGUUAAGAUAAUACUAUAUAAUCUGCCAUAAAAAAAAACCCAAACAUAACCAUUUUAAUUUCAGAUGCUUAGCAAUUUGACACUCCGCCUUAAAUGAACACUAUUGUCAGGAAUACAAACCUGUAUUCCUGUCACUAUAUAGUGUUAAGCUAUUUUGAUCUCUUACUCUCUCGUUGCAAACCACCACUCUGCACCAAUCCUCCUUAUCAUAGAGAUGCAUUGAAUCUAUGCAUCUCUAUGGGGAGUGUUCAACUGAAACAUAGGUGCUGUACACCGUCUGAGUGACUGCCACUACAGAUAUUACUAGGUAACAAACUAAACACUGCAUUUUCUCUGAGAAAACCGUGUUUAAAUUGCACAGCCUGCAGGGACAUGUUAUGGACACCAGAGUCACUACAUUAAGCUGGCCCGUUAAGUGUUAUUGUUAAAUAGCGGGAAGAGCUGAAUCAACAAAUUUAUUUAACCCCUUAAGGGCACAUGUCAUGAUUCCCUUUUAUUCCAGAAGUUUGGUCCUUCAGGGGUUAAAGAAACACUAUAGUCACCUAAACCACUUUAGCUUAAUUAAGCAUUUUUAGUGUAUAGAUUGUGCUUCUCGGGUUUCACUGUCAUUUAGGAGUCAAAUCACUUUGUUUCUGUUUAUGCAGCCCUUGUCACACCUCCCCUGACUGACACAGCCUGCAUGAAAAGAAAAUUGGUUUCACUUUCAAUCAGAUGUAAUUUACCUUAAACAAUUGUAUCUCUUUCUCUGUAAAUUGAACUUUAAUCACAUACAGGAGGUUCUUGCAGAGGAUAUGAAAAUCUAAAUUAAACAGAACUUGCAAUAAAGGAAGGAUAAACUUUAGAUGACUCUUUACAGGAAGUGUUUAGGAAUGCUGUGCAAGUCACAUGCAGGGAGGUGUGACUAGGGUUCAUAAACAAAGGGGUUUAACUCCUAAAUGGCAGAGAACUGACCAGUGAGACUACAGGGACAUGAUCUAUACACCAAAACUGCUUCAUUAAGCUAAAGUUGUGUUGGUGACUAUAGUGUCCCUUUAACCCCUUAAGGACCAAACUUCUGGAAUAAAAGGGAAUCCGCACAUGUCACACAUGUUGCAUCCUUAAGGGGUUAAGCGAACUUGCUACUUUUUAGAGGUAAUGAGAAAAGUGCUGUUAGAUUCUUGUCAAUAUUCUGUAAGCAUUUACUUCUUUAAUGUGCCAAAUUAAUCUACUAUGCAACAAAAACUAGAUAUAUUUGGCUUUCUGCACACUUCAAAAUACUGGGUUUCUUGGAUUAUCUGGUUAUUUGUAAGCAUGACUGGUGAGGUGUAAAAAACUAUUUGUGAAAACCAGAUCUCUGUGAAUAUUCUUAAGUGAAUAAAGUAGUGUGUUUAUUUGCAAAAUAUAACAAAGCAUAAUAAAACAUUUCUUGUUCCCAUAAUUUUAUUACAUUUUGCCACUGCAGUGAUGGUGUAAGAAGCCUGGUUCUCCUUUCCUUGGAGCAUUGCUCGUCUGUAUAGUUAUCAACUAACCAUACAAAGAUCAUUUUACAAUGCAAGUGAAAACUACUAGAUAAACACAACUGCUGCUGUGAUUAAUGUCCCAUAGCUGAGAGGUGUGCCCAAUAAUUCAAUCUGACCAAGUUUGUAGUAAGUUUGAAAAGUAUGUAAUGUACGUUAAUAACAUUUUCUUGCUUUAUUUUGGGUUGUAUAUUUGCUCAAAAAAAAUUGUCAAGUGAUGCAUGUCCCUUUUAAAAAAGCAUGUCAUUGCUGCUUGCAAUGUGACAUUGUAUUGGUAUAUGAAUUACAUUGAUAUAUUGAAAAUUACUUUUACUUUAGAGGAAGUAGAAUUAUAUUUCCUGGAGGUGUUGAUCAGAUAUUGGUAAUUCAUAUAUUUUGCAACAUGCACCUUACCAACAGUGCCACAUGAUGAUUCUGGGCAUUAAAUGUAUGUUGAAUUCCUUUCUCCCAGCAUGACCAUGGGGAUUAUUCCCUAAACAGAACUGAUUGAUCAGAGAUUUGUGCUUUUAGGCUUUAAGAUCGCCAUGUUUUCCAGUUAAGCUAUUUAAAGCCUAAAAUUUGUCAAUGCAAUAUGUUUGCCUGAUAAACUGUGCUGUGGAGAUCAUUGGGGGUUUGUAAACCAUUGGCUCCUAACACUCUCUAGGUAUUUAGGAACAGUAAGCCAUGUCCUUGUUACACUGGCAAUAAUUAAGAUCUGUACCUUUUUGUUUUUUUUUUUUUUGUUUUUUUUAAACUUGUGAUAAUCUUGAAUUAGUUUUCUUUUUCUGACAAACAUUUUAAAGCGUUCCCUUUUUUUCUUGUACAAAGAUUACAACUAUUUAUAUCUCCUUUGUAAAAAAGAAAAAUAAAUUUUUAAUAAAGUG